AUGAAUAUCUCAGAAUAUCAAAAGCCACGGAAAUAUCGACCUGGGCCAGGGGAUCCCCAACUCCCACCGCAGCUAACUGAGUUCCAUGAUAAGACUACGGAUGAGGUGCUUAAGGAAUUGAACAAAAUGCCCUUUUUCAUGACGAAGCUAGAUAAUGCUGAUGUUGAGAAUGGGGGAAAUGUUGAAUUGGAGGCGUUGAAGGCCUUGGCUUACGAAGGUGAGCCUCAUGAAGUCGCGGCGAAUUUCAAGAAUCAGGGCAACGAUUUAUACAAAGUUAAACGUUACAAAGAUGCACGCACGAUGUAUUCAAAGGGGAUCGAAGUGAAAUGUGAAGAUGAUAGUAUUAAUGGUUCAUUAUAUUUGAAUCGUGCAGCUUGUGAGUUAGAGUUAAGAAAUUUUAGAAGUUGUAUUAACGAUUGUAAGAAGGCAUUGAAUUUCAACGCUAAGUGUGUAAAAGCGUUUUAUCGUAUGGGUCAGGCGUAUUUUAAACUCAAGAAGUUGGAGGAAGCUAAAGGUUCUGUUUUGUUUGGCUUAAAACUAGACUCACAGAACAACGCCUUAGUGUCAUUGUUAGAUACGAUUGUCAAGCAGGAGGAGAAAGCUAAUGUUCUUGAAGAAAGCCGGUUUCGUGAUCAGCAGGAAAAAGACCUUCAUGCAUCGAAAUUGAAGGAAGCUUUAAGUUGGAGGAAAAUUACAGAAUUCAAAACAGCCAACCCACCUGCAGUUCUUCAAAACUCUACUCUUAUGUUAAGUGAACCUGAGGACAUUGAAUCUCAGUUGUCAUUCCCUGCGAUGGUGUAUUAUCCUACGAUUAAUGAAUUCGACUUUGUCGAGACUGUAUCAGAGUUCAAUACUCCUAGGGAUUUAUUGGAAAUGCUGUUGCAUAAUCGCGAUGACUGGGUUGGGAAACCGGGUUAUGAAAACUGGACACCAUCCGAUAUUUGGGCAUAUAUGGAAACCGAUGCUGGGAAGUUGGUCAAAAUUGGUAAAAGAGUCCAAUUUUAUAGGAUAUUCAUGAUGGAAAAGCCAUUGAUUCCUUUGUUUGACAAUGCUUUACGAAUAUACUUGGUUCCAAAAAAUAAAGCUAAGACAUGGCUUGAAGGGUGGAUGUGA